AUGUCUGACCGACCCGAAGGGCACAAGCGCUCUCGAAGUGCCAUAGCACUUGCCCUCCUUCACCGCGAUAAAUCCAAAGGUGAAGACAAGGAGAUGGACGACGAUAACAACUCGGUUACUUCUGCCUCAUCGAAUGGCCCCUCCUUGAAACACACCCGCAGUAGCAGCCGUCGCAAACAAGUCCAAGACCCGAGUCCUCCCCCGCCCAUUCAAGAAUCCACCGAGGAUAUGGACACAGUGGAAGGUCUACCUUCCUUGACCCAGAUGGAAAGUGGCAGCAUGUCUCUCGAGCAGUCUGUUCGCACCUUUCGUCUCUUCGAGAUCCUGCGCAGCGGGGAUACCACUGCUAUCUCCAAGGCUAUCAACGAUACUAAGGACCCGCAGGGCGUGAAUGGUCUAAACGGAACCACCGUCCUCCACCUGGCUUUGCAAUGCGCCGAGCCACAGGUCGUGGAAUAUGUGCUGUCCGCCGCGGAGGGUUUGGAUAUCAACUCGCGAGACCGCGAGGGAAACACCCCACUCCACAUUGCCGCCCAACUGGGCCGGGGCCCUCUGGUUCGCGAAUUGCUGAAUAGGCCGCUCAUCAAUGAUUCCAUUGUCAACUAUCGGGGUCAGACGGCGCUGGAUAUGGCUCGUACCCCUGAAAUCUUCCAGCAGCUUCAGCUUGCCCGGUCUCUCUUCAUCGAUAGCAAGAACCAGGAAAUUCAGUCCUUGAUUGCGAACGCUGAUUACAAGAAUCUGGAAGCUCUACUGGAGGAACCCCGCGUCGAGGGUAUUAUGGAUGUGAACAGCCAAGAGCUGGUUACCGAUCGAACCACUGCUCAGUCUGGUGGUACGCUACUGCAUGAGGGUGCUAGGAAUAAGGAUGCGCAGCUUAUUGAGAUUCUUCUGACGCAUGGCGCUGAUCCUUUCCGCCGUGAUAAGAAGGGGAAGCUUCCACAGGAUGUCACUAAAGACGAUAAGACUCGCGCGCUCUUGAAGAGAUCCCCGGCUGCUGUUAUUGCUCAGCGCGGUAUCCAAGAGAAGGCUAUUCUUGGAAAUAGCAAUGCCCAGGGACUUGCCGGCCGUGCCUCUAUUGCCGAUGCGCCAUUGGCAGGCAAGGACGCCCGCGAGAUGAGAGGAUAUCUUAAAAAAUGGACCAAUUAUACUACUGGGUACAAGUUACGCUGGUUUGUUCUUGAAGAUGGAGUUUUGAGUUAUUACAAGCACCAAGAUGACGCAGGAUCUGCCUGUCGCGGUGCGAUCAAUAUGAAGAUUGCCAGACUUAAUAUGGAUGCACAAGACAAGACGCGCUUUGAGAUUCACGGCAAAUCGUCAGUCAAAUAUCAUCUCAAGGCCAACCAUGUUGUCGAGGCAAAACGCUGGUUCUGGUCUCUCAACAAUGCCAUCCAGUGGGCUAAGGAUGAGGCCAAAGAGGAAGAGCGACAGCGGUCGAAGAAUGCAGAUCUCCUUCGCCAAGCCAAAAUUGACCAGACUGAAGGACGUGUUGCAGACACACCAUCUGAAUCUGGCCUCUCUCACAAGCCUAGCACCAAGGGUCUCGCUCCACCAUCUCUGGGAGGUGCUAGCAGCAGUGGCACGAGGUUGAGCACAUAUGCCUCUCGCACCACGCUUGACAUUCCGGGUGGAGACGAAGAUGGUUCCGUCUAUGGCGGCUCUUACGACCAGAGCGCCCCCAAUGACAUGAACAGAUCCAUCAGCCAUGUAACGACUGCACCUGAAGGAGACGACGACGAAGAAUUUGUUGACUACGCUUCAAGCCACGACAAUGAGAUGCCUGCCACUGAUAAGGAUGCUCUCAAUAUCACCGCACAGUCCGCGAAACUGCAAUUGGAUCUACUUGCAAAUGUGGCUGCUUCUUUGCAGUCUGAAAAGGCGAAGAACCCGGAAAUGACCAUUGCGGAUCCUGCCCUCGAGCAGGCUCUCGGUGCCUAUGAAGCUGCAGUCAGCAGCCUCAAGGGCUUGGUGCAGAACCUUCUCAAAAUCUCACGGGACCGAGACUCAUACUGGCAAUCUCGUCUCAGCAGAGAGGAGUCCAUUCGUCAGAUGUGGGAAGAGAGCAUGGCUCGUGUAGCUCGCGAACAUGAGGAGCUCCAAUCCAAAAUGGGCGAAUCAGAAGAGAAGCGAAAGCGGACCAAGCGAGCUCUGAAGGAGGCCCUGGAGAGCGCACCGGGCAGCAGUCGUUCCAUCAGUGGGCCUUCCCGUGUUCCAACAGAAGGCCCGAGUCUGGAGGCAAGCCAAAUCGAGGCCGGUGUUCCAGAAAAGGCUGAAGAAGAACGAACUGCUGAGCAGUUACAAACCAAGCCCACCCUCAGUAGGAAGCCAUCCAAGCUUAGCAGUCUUUACGAUUCAGAGUCGGAUGGCGAAGAAUUCUUCGAUGCUAUCGAUGCUGGUGAGAUUGAGGUAGAGGAUUUUAGCAAGACCGAGGACCACAAGGUGGAAGAGCCCAAAGAUGAGAGCGCCGAGCUUCGGGCUGUCAAGUCUUCUAUCAUCAAAUCUUCCUUCAGGGGUUAUGAAGAACCCGUGAGAGAGCGUCUCAAGAUGGAUGCCGACGACCGGCCAAAGAUUUCUCUGUGGGGUAUCUUGAAAUCCAUGAUUGGAAAGGACAUGACGAAGAUGACUCUUCCGGUGUCUUUCAACGAACCAACCUCUCUGCUCCAGCGUGUGGCUGAGGAUCUCGAGUACACUGACCUUCUCGAUAUUGCUGCUGAUCGGACCGACUCCAUGGAACGUCUGGUCUAUGUUGCCUCGUAUGCCGCCAGUGAGUAUGCCUCCACCAUUGGUCGUGUGGCGAAGCCCUUCAACCCUCUGCUUGGUGAAACUUUUGAGUAUGUUCGCCCGGACAAGGGUUAUCGAUUCUUCGUGGAGCAGGUUAGCCACCACCCACCGAUUGGUGCUGCGUGGGCUGAGUCGCCCAAAUGGGACUACUGGGGUGAAUCUUCACUCAAGUCCAAGUUCUACGGUAAAUCCUUUGAUAUCAACCUGCUUGGUACAUGGUUCUUGAAGCUGCGACCUUCCUCCGGCGGAGAAGAACUCUACACUUGGAAGAAGGUGACUUCAUCAGUCAUCGGUAUUAUCACGGGCAACCCUACAGUUGACAACUACGGUCUGAUGGAGAUCAAGAACUGGACCACCGGCGAGGUCUGCUAUCUCGACUUCAAACCCCGCGGCUGGAAGGCUUCAUCGGCCUACCAGGUCACGGGUAAGGUUGUCGACAGUGAGGGCUCCCCCAAGUGGAGUAUCGGCGGUCGCUGGAAUGACAAGAUAUACGCUCGCCACACUCCAGGCUUUGAAGCUCCGGUCUCCGGCCAGGAUCCCGAGUCUGCUAAGACUUUCUUGGUUUGGCAGGCUCAUGCUCGUCCCACGGGCGUGCCUUUCAACUUGACUCCAUUCGUCAUCACUCUCAACGCUCUUCCUGAGGGUCUGAAGGAUUGGCUCCCCCCUACGGAUACCAGACUGCGUCCUGAUCAGCGUGCCAUGGAGGAUGGUGAAUAUACACUGGCUGCUGAUGAGAAGCAUCGUGUUGAGGAGAAGCAGCGAGCUAGGCGCAGGGAUCGCGAGACCAAGGGUGAAAUCUACUCGCCACAAUGGUUCACCCGUGACCGGUGUCCUGUCACUGGUGAAGAAUUCUGGGCUCACAAUGGGAAGUAUUGGGAGUCCAGGGAUGCCCAGGAUUGGAGUAGAUCCGAGGAUAUUUUCUGA